GGCCUGUGUAUUAUGGCUCAGGGUCCAGGGCUGGCUGUGUUGGAGCCAGCAAAAAGAUUUCUCCCUUCCCCGCAGCCGGAAAGCUCUAAAUUUGGGCAUGGCGGAUGAGCGAUGUUGACAGUUCAAAGAUUGGGGGCGAGGAGUCCAUAGCGAAAGUCUCUGUGGGGAAGGGCGACAGCAAACGGACCCAUAGAGAGACAGAAAAAACAGGUAAAGAAGGUAUCUUAAUGUAUUUUUAACCUUUGUUGAAGGCCGCCCAGAGUGGCUUGGGAAACCCAGCCAGAUGGGCGGGGUACAAAUAAUAAAUAAUAAUAAUAAUAAUAAUAAUAAUAAUUAUUAUUAUUAUUAUUAUUCUAGCCCCUUUGGCCUGUAGAUCCUCUACCCUAGGGUUACCAGACGUCCCCGUUUCCCGGGGACAGUCCACGGAUUUGCGAAUAAGUCCCCAGACAAAUUCCAUCCCAGGAAUGUCCCCGGAUUUCAUCUAAUGUCCCCGCAGCAGUGGCAGUCUCAGCAGCCCAGAUAAGUCCCCAUAUGAUGGUAGUGCAGGGGCUCUAAGAUGUGCUUCCGGGCUGCCUCCACCUUCCCUGACCCCAGAAACUAAGCUGUGAAGGGAGGCUUCAUGCUGCCUAUUGGAGCAGCCCCGAUCCCAACUCCUACUUGCGUGCAAGCAGGAGAGGGCAGGGAUUGUUAGAAUGCCUGCUCCGUGAUUGCAGUCAUGGGAUUGUUGUCUUUCACAUAUGUCUUGACUCCACAGAGUGGGAAGUGACGGAGACAGGAUGUUUGUGUUACAGUGGUACCUCGGGUUACAUACGCUUCAGGUUACAGACUCCGCUAACCCAGAAAUAGUGCUUCAGGUUAAGAACUUUGCUUCAGGAUGAGAACAGAAAUCGUGCUCCAGCGGUGCGGCAGCAGCGGGAGGCCCCAUUAGCUAAAGUGGUGCUUCAGGUUAAGAACAGUUUCAGGUUAAGAACAGACCUCCGGAACGAAUUAAGUACGUAACCAGAGGUACCACUGUACUGUGUUCCAUGAAUAAUAAUAAUAAUAAUAAUAAUAAUAACAAUAAUAAUAAAUUUUAUUUAUACCCCGCCCUCCCAAGCCAAGUCCGGGCUCAGGGUGGCUAACAACCAAUAAUAAAAACAAGUUGAUUGAAAUACAACUUAAAAAACAAGAUUAAAAUACAACAUUAAAACAUUAAAAUGCAGCCUCUUCACAGGAGGAGAAAGGAAAAAAGAAAGAGGGGGAGGGAAUCAAAUUGAUUCCAAGCCAAAGGCCGGGCGGAACAACUUUGUCUGCGGAAAAGAAAUCAGAUCCUGCAGGGCCCUGGUCUCAUGGGACAGAGCGUUCCACCAGAUCGGGGCCAGUGUUGAAAAGGCCCUGCCUCUGGUGAAGUGGGACUAUUGUCCUUUGUUCUUUUCCUCUUUGCUGUCUGAUGCUAGAGAGAGAGGGAGCCAUGUUGCAGUGCUCCGUGUUUGUUCAUAUGUAAAUAAAGUAGAUUAGCCAAAAUGCUGAGUUGCUGAGGUCUGUCACGCAAACUGCGAAGACUCUGCGGAUCCCUAAGUGUGCCGGUGUCGGUUGGCAUCGGUCGCCGUGAUGUUCGGGCUGAAGAAAGCUUUAGAAACUCCCGAACGAUCGGCCAGGAGGGAGAGAACAUGCCAGUCAGGCAUGUGUCUCUGCCAGCGUCCUACUCGAGUGUAGGCUGAACUCCUGACAGGGAUCAGUGGCGUCACAACGGGGUGGCAGGGGGUGGUGGUUCGCCCCGGGUUCCAUGUAUAUUAAGAACGGACAUCCGGAAUGGAUUAAGUUCGUAAACUUGCACAGAUCAGCAGUUUCAAUGAGAAAGGGAGGAAAGCAAUGACAAACCUAGACCGCAUCUUAAAAAGCAGAGACAUCACCUUGCCAACAAAGGUCCGUACAGUAAAAGCUCUGGUUUUCCCAGUAGUGAUGUAUGGAAGUGAGAGCUGGACCAUCAAGAAGGCUGAUCGCCGAAGAAUGGAUGCUUUUGAAUUCUGGUGCUGGAGGAGACUCUUGAGAGUCCCAUGGACUGCAAGAAGAUCAAACCUCUCCAUUCUGAAGGAAAUCAGCCCUGAGUGCUCACUGGAAGGACAGAUCCUGAAGCUGAGGCUCCAAGACUUUGGCCACCUCAUGAGAAGAGAAGACUCCCUGGAAAAGACCCUGGUGUUGGGAAAGAUGGAGGGCAGAAGGAGAAGGGGACGACAGAGGACAAGAUGGUGGGACAGUGUUCUCGAAGCUACCAGCAUGAGUUUGACCAAACUGCGGGAGGCAGUGGAAGACAGGAGUGCCUGGCGUGUUCUGGUCCAGGGGGUCACGAAGAGGCGGACACGACUAAACGGCUCAACAACAACAACAAAUUUGUUCUAUGUUAUGCUAAUUGUAUGUUAUGUUCACGUUUAAUGAGGGUGGAUUUCUGUAUUGCGGGGGGUUCAUGUUAUGUUGUAAAUAAAAUUUCCAAUAAAAAUAAUUAUAUAUAUAAAAAAGAAACGGACAUCCGGAACGGAUUAAGUUCAUAAACUGAGGUACCACUGUAGUGUCUGUUUUUAAACUUGCACAGAUCAGCAGUUUCAACGAGAAAUUUCCACGUGCUCGCAGUUUGGGGCAUGCAGGACAGGAAGGGAAGCUAAAAAAGUUCUGUUUCUCUUGCCUGCAUGAGUAUAGUUCCGCUUUUUUAUUUUUUUGCCUGCCUGAGAGAGGUUCCUCAUUUCUGAAAUAAUCCCGUAGGAGAUUUUAUAGUCUUUCACUAUAAAAGCAGCCCCCGGCCGCUAAUCGAGGCUUCCAGCUUUUUCAGAUGUAUCUCACUGGAGCCCUGUGCAGUCAAUAAAUCGGACCUUCCUUGUUGAACCCGUGUCUGUCUGGGAAAAAUCCUGCAACAGCACGGGGUUGGACUAGAUGACCCCUGGGUCCCUUUCGGCUCGAUGCUUCAACUCCCUUUGGGAGCCAAUCCAAAAGGGCUGCCUGUCAGUCCUUUUGAGGAGAUAAUGAUCCAUUUGCCGGAGCCGUAGAAACAUCGAUUGGUUCCAAAAAUCUGGACGCAGUCGGGAGAAACGGAUCGUUGUGUCCCCCCCACCCCCCAACGUGCGUCCGGCUCGAGAAUUUUAUCUCCGCUUGUGGGUUUUUUCUGAAAGGGAAGUGUUGCGGGAGCUGAGGAGCGACCUCUGAGUAAGGAAAAAUUGCAGCGUUUGGGACUUCUGAGUUUGGAGAAAAAGGAGAGCGAAAGGGGACGUGAGAAGAGGUUUGUAUAACAUUUAUAUGCAUGGGCAUUUGAGGCAGCUGAACAUUGCAGAUUCAGCGCAGAGUUGGACUGUGGAACUCCCUGCCACUGGAGGCAGUGACGGCCACUGUGAGAACAGGAUCCUGGACUCGAUGGGCCACGGGCCUGAUCCUGCAGAGUUCUUCUCGUGCUCUUAUGUUCCAGACGACUCCUAGCAAGGUGAAAAAUAUCUGGGUCUGAAACCAAUCCAUUUGGCCAUACUGGAAAAACAAACAGGAGUAUUCAGAUUGCAGUCUGUUUUGUGUGUUUGCCCCCCCACCAGGAAAUAUUCUGUAGCUCAGUUUUGUUUUCUCUUUAGAGCAGUAAUUUUGGGCGUUGAAUUUUUAGGUGUCUUCGCCAACUCUAGGGCAUUAAAUCAGUUUUUCCCCCCAUUUGGAAAUUUCAGUGCGUCGAUAUCAAACAGUUGUGGUCAUCAGUAGCCAAUGUUUUCACUUAAAUCUUAGCUCCGGGUUAAUGCAAGGAAGCCAAAAUUCGUGUCAAACUGAGACCCCAGGGUUUUUCCGGCUGAAAGAAUGCAAAGAAUUAAAAUGGAUUGUGGUUGCGAACUCUUUGGACUCGCAGCCUAUUUGGAAACUAAUUUCAGUGAAAUACGUUUAAUCUGAUGGCUGCAGCAAUUAACAUCCUGCUUUUCCUUUUGGGGCGUUAAACCACCACCCAAAGCUCGGUGCCUGUUUUAUUUCGUUUUUAGAGAGAGCCUGUGUAAAUGAUUGAGGAUGUGUUUAUUAAUCUGUGUAUUUUAAAUCUGUGUGUCUGAUGACGAGGAAUUUCCCAAUUUGAAGGCGGCGUUUUGGACUUUGCCUUGCCAAUAUCUGGCCUAAAUCAACUGGGAGGGAGCUGGACAGACAUCUGGCUUGUGGGAUCUAUUGACUUUGAGGUUGGUUGGUUUGUUACUAUAAACUCAGAGAAAUCCACUACUGUACUUUGAAAGCAUGGAUGUAGCCAAGAUUUAUGUUGCAGGGGGCAGGAUUUUUGCCUUCAAAAUCCCAUCCUUCUGGUUCCAGGUAUCUCAUGCCCUCUCUGAUCCCGAGUGAUCAAGCGUCGCAAAGACACUAGAUCCCCAAAUAUGGAGGACAAGGAGGAGGAUCGGAACAGCGGAGGUACGUUUCUCUGUCCUUCCUGUUUCUCUGUCUUUCGCAAACACUCAUCUUGUGUAUUUCACCAUAUUUCUUACCCCGUAUGCGCCCAAGCGACGGUGCCACAUAAAAACCCAUUCCACUUCUGUAAGAAAUCAAUCUUUUUUUAUGUGGCGGCACCUUUGGAACUCCCUGCCAAUUGAUAUCAGGUGGGAACUUGAUCGGCGCCUGCGAAAAAUAUUCUUAACCAGGAAAACAUACCCAGGAGUUUAGAAAGUGGAUGCAACCCCAAAACAGGUCCAAAAACAGCAUAUAUGUGUGUGUGUGUGUGUGUGUGUGUGUGUGUAUAUAAAACACAGGUUAAUACAGUGGUACCUCAGGUUACAUAUGCUUCAGGUUACAUACGCUUCAGGUUACAGACUCCGCUAACCCAGAAAUACAGUAGUACCUCAGGUUAAGAACUUUGCUUCAGGAUGAGAACAGAAAUCACGCGGCGGCAGCAGGAGGCCCCAUUAGCUAAAGUGGUGCUUCAGGUUAAGAACAGUUUCAGGUUAAGAACGGACCUCCGGAACGAAUUAAGUUCUUAACCCGAGAUAAAGGACCCCUGACCAUUAGGUCCAGUUGUGGCUGACUCUGGGGUUGCGGCGCUCAUCUCGCUUUAUUGGCUGAGGGAGCCAGUGUACAGCUUCCGGGUCAUGUGGCCAGCAGGACUAAGCCGCUUCUGGCGAACCAGAGCAGCGCAUGGAAACGCCGUUUACCUUCCCACCGGAGCAGUACCUAUUUAUCUACUUGCACUUUGAUGUGCUUUUGAACUGCUAGGUUGGCAGGAGCAGGGACCGAGCAACAGGAGCUCACUCCGUCACGGGGAUUCAAACUGCCGACCUUCUGAUUGGCAAGUCCCAUUAGCUAAAGUGGUGCAUCAGGUUAAGAACAGUUUCAGGUUAAGAACAGACCUCCAGAACGAAUUAAGUACUUAACCUGAGGUACCACUGUAUAUAAAAAAGAAAAACAGUUCCAUCUAUAAACCAAUUCCGUAUAUAAAAACAACACUCACAUUUAAAAACAAUUCAAGAUGUCGUUUCAGUACUGGGAUAAAGAUCCCCUCUUUAAAGCCUUGUUGGCAAAGAUGCAGGAAUCUCCUUCUGCGUAGGAUCUUAGACUGAGGCUGGAUCUACACCGAUCUGGGAAAAAACGCAUUAAAAAACAGUAUAGUGGCUCUCAAUGCAAUUUCUCAUCGACAUCUCUGCUCUAUAGUGCCCUCUGCUGGCACAUUGAGGAGCCUGUCAUUUACAGUUCCAAUGCCAGGCUCCUCAACACAUUGGCGAUUCACCCAAAGUUAACCCUUUAGGGCCAGGCGACGGCUCUUUUUGCUGCUGAGCUAAACGCUGUCCAAAAGCGAAAGCGUUGCCUAUAACACAUUUAAAAUGUUUUAAUUGACCGGUGUAGAUUAGCCCAGAGGUCGGAUGGCCACCUGUAAGGGAUUCUUCCGCUGUAAUUUCUGCAUGGCCUGGGGUUCGGUUAGAUGACCUGUGGGGGUCCCAUCCAACUCUGAAAUACUUGGACAGGGGUCAGCAAACUUUUUCAGCAGGGGUCCGGUCCACCGUCCCUCAGACCUUGUGGUGGGCUGGACUAUAUUUUUUUGCGGGGAAAAUUAACGAAUUCCUAUGCUCCACACAUAACCCAGAGAUGCAUUUUAAAUAAAAGGACACAUUCGACUCAUGUAAAAACACACUGAUUCCUGGACCGUCCGCAGGCCGGACUGAGAAGGCGAUUGGGCCAGAACUGGCCCCCGGGGAAUUAGUUUGCCAACCUAUGUUCUUUGUUGUUGUUUAGUCGUUUAGUCGUGUCCGCUCUUCGUGACCCCCUGGACCAGAGCACGCCAGGCACUCCUGUCUUCCACUGCCUCCUGCAGUUUGGUCAAACUCAUGCUGGUAGCUUCGAGAACACUGUCCCACCAUCUCGUCCUCCGUCGUCCCCUUCUCCUUCUGCCCUCCAUCUUUCCCAACAUCAGGGUCUUUUCCAGGGAGUCUUCUCUUCUCAUGAGGUGGCCAAAGUCUUGGAGCCUCAGCUUCAGGAUCUGUCCUUCCGGUGAGCACUCAGGGCUGAUUUCCUUCAGAAUGGAGAGGUUUGAUCUUCUUGCAGUCCAUGGGACUCUCCAGAGUCUCCUCCAGCACCGCAAGCGGACAAGGUGGUAAGGCAGGAAAAGGCUGAAAAAGCUUCUUUAUCCCUGUAGAAUUCGGCCUGCGCCCUUCGGACUCCUGGGGACGGCGCGUCUGCCCUGGCCACCGCCUGGUGUUCAUCCUGCUGGGACUCGUCUGCGUCUUCACCAUUGCCGUCGCCAUGUUUGGCUUAACAGGUGAGUAGUGGCUCAGCGGGUGAGAUAUCCGGCUCCUCGGGUGCGGGUGUGGCAAUGAGGGGUAAAGAUAAAGGUAAAGGGACCCCUGACCAUUAGGUCCAGUCGUGACUGACUCUGGGGUUGCGGUGCUCAUCUCCCUUUACUAGCCGAAGGAGCCGGCGUACAGCUUCCGGGUCAUGUGGCCAGCAAGACUAAGCCGCUAAUGGCGAACCAGAGCAGUGCACGGAAAUGCCGUUUACCUUCCCGCCAGAGCGGUAGCUAUUUAUCUACUUGCACUUUGACGUGCUUUCAAACUGCCAAGUGGGCAGGAGCUGGGAGAAAGCAAUGGGAGCUCACCCCGUCGCGGGGACUCGAACCGCCGACCUUCUGAUCGGCAAGUCCUAGGCUCUGUGCCACCAGCGCCACCCAUUACCCUGGCAAAAGGGUACCCACUGGCAAAAGGGGGACCCCCCAUUCGACAGCCAGGUGUGGAGUCCACGAUUGUGGGGUGGUUAACUCAGAAGAACGCAACCAUUUAGGUGUCAGGUAAAUUAUGUUGGAAAUGUUAGGUGAAGGAAGGGAACUUCCUACAUAUGUGGUGGUCCUGUGUUAAGGUUAAGGCUUUCUGGGAUAUUAUCUACAAUGAAUUAAAAAAGAUACUAAAAUAUAAUUUCUGCAAAAAACCAGAGGCAUUCUUAUUAGGGCUAAUUGAUGGAGAAAUUUAUAAAAAAGAUGUAAAUCUAUUUAUGUAUGCCACAACGGCAGCGAGAAUCCUCCUGGCUCAAAGGUGGAAGCAGCAAAAACUCCCUACAUUGGAAGACUGGAGAAUAAAAAUGGUAGAAUUUGUGGAGUUGAUGAAGCUGACGGGGAGAAUUAGGAAGAAAAAUAUCAAAAGGACUGGAGCAAAUUUAUUCAUUACCUGAAAGAAAAUUGAACUCAUUUAAAAACAUUUGUAGCAUUAACGUGAAAUGUUUUGUAAAGUGAAUUUAAGAUGCUGAUUUAUAAAUAAGAAUGUGAUUUCUUAAGGUGAUUAUAGAUAAAGAAGUGAUUAUGGGAAUGCGAAAGAUAUGUUAUAGGCUAUAGGGAUGUCAGAAAGAGAGAUAGAAGUCAAAGCUCACUUUGAGCAAAUAAUAUAAGUUGUGAAUAUGUAUACUGAAUUAAAUGAAAUAUGGAAAAAUUUAAUAAAAAAUAUGUUAAAAAAAAGAGAACACAACCAUUUAGGACCAGUCUACCUUUCAGAUCGACUGACACCCCCCCACCUGCGCCCCCUCAGCCGCUUUGAUUGGUGGGCUUAUUAAAUUCAUCUACCACCCUUUGUCAGAACAUAUUGGAUUCUUAUUAAUGAAAAAUUAAUUAAAAAUAUUUUUAAAAAGCAAAAGGCGCCUAGAAGAAUGGGAGUUUUGAACUUUGCUCCCUCCCCCCAGGUCGGAAAUCUGUCGGUGAAUUGAAAGGAAUGGAGGAGACUUUGAAAAGCAUCAACCGCACGGUCUUGGCGGAGAUCACCGCUCUGAAAAAGAAGGGUGAGUCCAGGAAGCAGAUCUUCUUUCCAAGUGUAAGCUAAAGGUAAAGGGACCCCUGACCAUUAGGUCCAGUUGUGACCGACUCUGGGGUUGCGGCGCUCAUCUCGCUUUAUUGGCCGAGGGAGCCGGCGUCCAGCUUCCAGGUCAUGUGGCCAGCAGGACUAAGCCGCUUCUGGCUCACCAGAGCAGCGCAUGGAAACGCCGUUUACCUUCUUGCCGGAGUGGUACCUAUUGAUCUACUUGCACUUUGACGUGCUUUCAAACUGCUAGGUUGGCAGGAGCAGGGACCGAGCAAUGGGAGCUCACCCUGUCGCAGGGAUUUGAACCACCGACCUUCUGAUUGGCAAGACCUAAUGGUCAGGGGUCCCUUUACCUUUACCUAAUCCCCAUGUUAUACCCCCCAAACUACAUCACUCAUACAUCACGGUUACAUCAUGAAAAGGGGAGGUCUGGUGGCCGUAAUCUGAGCAUCCUGGACCCUGCCCCAUGGUUCCCCUUGCCCUCCACCAAACAUCCAUCAAGUGUAACAAAAAAGUUAUUUCCAUUUCCCUGUUUCCCAGCCAAGUUCAUCCCACCCUUUUGUCUCCAUCUGGGUUUGUUCUUCCCGGAAUGGCUACCUGUCUGGCACCCAGGUAUCAGGAUGCCAGGGAUUAUCACUCAGGCAGAGGGGCUGCUGAGGAGCUGAGCUCACCUGUCUAUAUGAAUUUCUGAAGUUUUCCCAGUGAGCCAGUACAGAGAAACAUUUAUCAGUGAAUUCUUACAUUCAGUAUCGUGCAGCAAAGGCCCUUUGAAUAGAUAGGAAGAAACUGUGACGAAGUGUUUUGUGGGGACAAAUCACAAAAGUCACAAAAGCAAUUGUGCUGGUUUUGGUAGUGGGCUGCAUGUGCGUGAUAUCUGCUGGAGGGGAGGGGCAACCCCCCCCAACCUGUACAUAAAUUCCUGCAACAUCCCCAAACCAUUUCCCCCAACCUCACCUCUUUCUGCUGGUUCCAGAGGCAGAAGAUUUGAAGCAACUGGUGAAGAUUGAACAUAUGGUGCAAAACCUGACCGAAGAGGCAAAGGAAGGUACGUCCACACAGAAGCAGCUGUGAGACAGAUGUGGGUUUUCCCCCCCCCUGUGUGAGGGGAGGUGGUGGUUGUACCUGGAUUUGGGCAGGCUGUACUUUUUAGUUAUUAAUUUAGGUUAGUAACUAUUUUGUUUUUGCUGUUAUUAUUUCUAAUAAUAUUACCCCUUCAUUAUACACCUUUAGGCGCCAGGCAAAAAGGUUCCCCUUCAACCAAGCCUUUGGUUAAUUGAUAUCCAAUGCCCUUUUAAAAUGUGUGUGUGUGUGUUAUUGGGUUGUUUUCAUUUUCUUUUCUUUUUUUAAUAUAAUUUUUAUUAAUUUUUCUGUUUCACAAUUUAGAACGCUCAUUUAAACAACCUUAAAAUAUCAGUGAUUUCCCUUCUUCUCGUUCCAAGGCUCAUUUUGCAUAUCAUAAAUCCCUGCAUAUUUUACUAAACCAUUCAGUAGUCCAUUAUUACAUCCAUAAAACCAAACCGUUCAGUAUUCCAUUAUUACAUCCAUCAAAACAUAUUUACACUGCUGAAUUUAUCUUAAUGCUGCCAAUGUUUUCAAGUGUAAACAGUUCCCCCCAUAUAUUCAAUAAACAUUUACUAAUCUUCUUUAAAUGUAUUUUCUUAUCGUUCUCUUAUUCUAUAUUCAAAACAAAAUAAAAUAAAAUAAAUAAAAUUAAAAAAUUCCUUCCAGUAGCACCUUAGAGACCAACUAAGUUAGUUAUUGGUAUGAGCUUUUGUGUGCAUACACACUUCUUCAGAUAUUCCAUAUGUUAGGUUCAUAAGCUGCACAUAUUCCAUCAGUUUUAAGCUGCCAUUCUUCUUUAGUUGGGACCUCGCUCGUUUUCCAAUUUUGGGCUAACAAAACAAGGGCUACAGUAGUGGCAUACAUAAAUAACCUUUUUUGACACCUGGGAAUUUCCGUCUGAAUUAUUCCCCAACAAAAAGCAGAUUGGUUUUUUUUAGGGGGGGACGACGUACUUUUAAACAUUUUUUCCAAUUCAUUAGGGAUUAUUUUCAUUUUCAAUUUGACUAUGCGUUUUGUGAGUUUAUAUUGUGAUUUUAUGCUGCGAACAGCCCUGAGACCUGCAGAUAUAGGACAGUAUACUACUACUACUACUAGUUGGGACGCGGGUGGCACUGUGGGUUAAACCACAGAGCCUAGGACUUGCCGAUCAGAAGGUCAGCGGUUCGAAUCCCCGCAAUGACGGGGUGAGCUCCCGUUGCUCGGUCCCGGCUCCUGCCAACCUAGCAGUUCGAAAGCACACCAGUGCAAGUAGAUAAAUAGGUACCGCUCUGGCGGGAAGGUAAGCGGCAUCUCCGUGCGCUGCUCUGGUUCGCCAGAAGCGGCUUAGUCCUGCUGGCCACAUGCCCCAGAAGCUGGACGCCGGCUCCCUCGGCCAGUAAAGCAAGAUGAGCGUUUGUGUUGGUCCAGGGGGGAGGUUACCGUGGGGCGAGGUCCAGGGCCUGAGUUGAGGGUCGGCAGACAGUCCUCCACGGGCGAAGCGGGGUCCACAGCGAGGAGCCGGGCAAGGACAGGAACUCUGGGGGAACCGGACUGGGUGCUGGCCGAAACAGCUCUUCAACGACGUUGCUCCCGCAACCUGGGACCGGGCUGACUGGCCUUUAUCUUCUCUGAGGCCGGGGCGGUCCCGGCCCCCAGGAGACCCGCCUCUCCUGGCCUUAAGGCGAGCACUCCUCCUGGGAGAAACCAGUUCCCUCCGCCUCUCUGCCCUGAGCCUCUGCAGUUCAGGAGAGGCUGAAGGGUUACUGGACCCAGGGGGGAGACUCACCUGUAGGCACUGAGUCCUCAACCACCUCCGGAGCCAGAGUGGAUUCACCUGGUGCCUGCUCCUGAGGAUCCGGCACAGGUGCAGGCGCUUCAGAGUCAAGGCCCUGCCCCAGUUCAGCCGGCCCUGGAGGCGGGGACUCCUGUGCAGGCUGGGAUUCCUCCGGUUCAGCCUCUGAAUCGGAUUCCCAGGCCAUCACACCAUCCCCCCUCCCAGGCCCCCCCCCUCAAUCGAGGGUCUGGACCCGGCUUGCUGGGGUACGCCGCAUGGAAAUCUCGGAGGCAGGCAGGCGCGUGGACGUUGGCUGCUGGUUCCCAGGAACGGUCCUCAGGUCCAUACCCCUUCCAGUCUAUGAGAUACUGCAGCUUUCCCCUGCGGUAUCGGGAGUCCAGAAUGCGUUCCACCUCGUACUCAGGCUCCCCCUGAACCAAAACUGGCUGCGGUUGGGGACGGUUCGGGUGGAACUCGUCGGGUGGGGCCACCGGACUCAGAAGGGACCUGUGGAAUACCGGGUGAACCUUCAGGGUUGCGGGCAACUGGAGACGGAAUGCCACAGGCGAGACCUCGUCCACGAUGGGAAACGGGCCGGUGAAACGGGCGUCCAGCUUCCGCGAAGGUCGAGAGGGGUGGAGGUGGCGAGUGGAGAGCCAUACCAGGUCACCGACGUGGAGUUCCGGCCCCACCUGGCGGUGGCGGUCGGCCUGGGCCUUGUACGCCUCCUUGGCCUGGCGCAGUUGCUCCAUCAAUAGCUGUUGCUGGGACUGGAGCUCCUGAAGCCACUCCGUCACCGCAGGGACCGCGGAUGCCGGCAGCACAUCCGGGAACAGCCGCGGAUGAUAACCAUAACUGGCCUGGAACGGGGUCUGCUGGGUGGACGCAUUCACCGCGUUGUUGUAGGCGAACUCCGCCAAUGCUAGGUGGUCGACCCAGUCAUCCUGCUGGUAGCUGCAGUAACACCGGAGGUACUGCUCCAGCACCGCGUUCGCCCGUUCCGUCUGGCCAUCGGUCUGUGGGUGGUAGGCUGAUGAGAGACAGACCUCUGUCCCGAGGGUCUGGUGCAAUGCUCGCCAGAACCGGGAUGUGAACUGAACGCCCGGUCGGACACCACACGCUCAGGUAGGCCAUGCAGGCGGAAGACAUGCUGAAGGUACAGCUGAGCGGUUUCCUUAGCUGAGGGUACAGAUGGGCAGGGGGCACAGUGCACCAUCUUAGUGAAAUGGUCGGAGAAAACUAGAAGGCAGGUACAGCCACGAGACGGGGGUAAGUCCACUACAAAGUCCAGCGAAACCAUGUGCCAAGGACGUGGUGGGACUGGCAACGGCUGAAGUAGGCCGGGGGGUCGCCCAGUAGGGCCCUUGGCCCGCCGGCAGACGUCACAACCAGCGACGUAGCGAGCCACGUCAGCCUUCAGGCGGGGCCACCAAAACUCACGGCUUACCAGAUGGGUGGUCCGAUACCGCCCAAAGUGUCCCGCUGCUGGGGCAUCAUGGGUCAUCCGGAGAACCUCAGCCCGCAGUGGUCCUGGCGGGAUGUACAGGCGACCGUGGUGCAGCAGAAGGCCCUGAUGCAAGACCAGCCCCGGACACUGAGGGCAUGACCCUUCGGCUAGUUCCCGGAGUCGUUCCUGGGCCCAAGCGUCGACCCGCUGCUGUUCCCGCACCCGAGCCUGCAGUGGCUCAGCCUCCUGAGUGGCCAGGAACGCAGCCGGUGGUAGGAUCGUGGUUGGUACUGCUUGCUGUACCGUGUCUGCGCUGUCUUCAGGUUUCCGGGACAGGGCAUCUGCCUUCUGGUUUUGGGAGCUAGGGAUGUAGCGGAUCCGGAACUGGAACCGGGAAAAGAACAACGCCCACCGGAUCUGCCUUUGGUUCAGCUUGCGGGUGGUCUGGAGGUACUCCAGGUUCCGGUGGUCGGUUCUCACCUCCACCGGGUGUUGUGCUCCCUCAAGAUGGUGGCGCCAGACCUCAAAGGCCACCUUGAUGGCCAGUGGUUCCCGCUCCCACACGGUAUAGUUACGCUCCGCUGGAAGGAGCUGGCGGGAAUAGAAGGCGCAGGGUACGAGUGGCGCAUCAGGUCCGUGCUGCUGGGACAAGACGGCACCGAGAGCCGUUCUGGAGGCGUCAGUCUCUACCACAAAGGGUCGAGAGGGAUCAGGAUGUUGCAAGAUCGGCGCUCUCUGGAAACAGGCUUUCAACCCCUGAAACGCCUCCUCUGCCUCCUUGUCCCAGGAAAAUGGCGUCUUGGGGCGCAGUAGCCGGGUCAACGGGGUGGUACGAUGAGCAUAAUCUGCAAUGAAGGUCCGGUAAUAGUUGGCGAACCCCAGGAAUCGCUGUAGGUCCUUGCGGUUCCGAGGUGCCGCCCACUCCCGAACCGCUGCCACCUUCCCAGGAUCCAUCUGCACCCCAUCUGGAGAGAGUCGGUGACCAAGGAAGUCCACUGACCGCUGAUGGAACUCGCACUUGCUGAGCUUCGCAUACAGGCGGUGCUCCCGCAAGCGCUGCAGCACGGUCUGGACAUUACCCUCGUGGCGAGCCGGGUCACGGGAGAAAACCAGAAUGUCAUCCAAGUACACCACCACGUACUUGUCUAGCAAGUCCUGGAACACGUGGUUGAUGUACCGUUGGAACACAGCGGGCACGUUGCACAAUCCAAAGGGCAUAACCAGGUAUUCGAACUGCCCAUACCGGGUCCUGAAUGCAGUCUUCCACUCAUCCCCGGCUCGGAUCCGAAUUAAAUUGUAGGCCCCCCGGAGGUCUAGCUUGGUGAACACCUGCGCCCCUUGCACCCGCUCCAGCAACUCCGAAAUAAGGGGCAAGGGGUACCGGUCUGGGAUGGUAAUUUUGUUCAGGGCCCGGUAAUCAUGGCAAAGGCGAAGCUCCCCACAUUUCUUCUUAACGAAGAGCACUGGCGCAGCGGUAGGCGAGGUAGAAGGCCUGAAUGAACCCACGCUCCAGGUUCUUGCACAGGAAGUCCUGCAACGCUUCACGCUCUGGCUCCGUAAGAGAGUAUAAGCGACUCACCGGCAGGGGCGCUCUGGGCUGGAGGUCUAUUCCGCAGUCAAAAGACCGAUGUGGCGGCAGCUGGUCUGCCCCCCGUUCAUUGAACACGUCUUGGUAGUCCCGGUACUCAGUGGGGAGCGUUGAUGCAGCCUCCUCAGUGGGCGCGGCUGCUAGCAUCUCAGACCGAGCAUGGGGACAUGGGUCUGGGAAAUGCACAGUCCGAUUGACCCAGUCAAUCUGAACAUUGUGAGCCUACAGCCAGUCCAUCCCGAGCACCAGGGGGAACCGGGGCAUGGAGGCAAUGUCCAAAGUUUGCACCUCCCGGUGCUGCUGGAGACACAAGACCAAGGGCUGGGUCUCCCGAGUGACGGCACCCGAACGCAAGAGCCGUCCAUCAAUUGCCUCCACCUGUACCGGUUCUAGCUUGUUCUGAAGUGGCACCUGAUGAUGAGCAGCAAAGGCAGUGUCCAUAUAGGAGCGGGUUGCCCCCGAAUCUACCAGAGUGUGGGUAAGAAUCCAGGGCCCACCUGGAGGGUAAAGACGCACCGGAACCAUGAGAUGUCGCAAUUCCACUGGUGUGGGCCCUCUUGCAUGGUUUGGGACCCCAGGUAUCCAGGGCCUUCGGCUACCGAGGUUGGCGGUUUUCCUGCGAUUGGCAUCUUCUCAGGACAGGAUCGGGCGUAAUGUCCACUCCCACCGCAGUACAGACAUAGGUUCCCCUCCCGACGCCGCGUCUUCUCCGAGGGGGAGAGGCGAGGUCGCGCAGCCCUAAGCUGCGUUAGCUCGUCCGGCAACUCGGCUGUGGGCGUGGACCUGCUGGGAACGACUGGAGCCAGGAGCCGGGAGUGCUGGCGGUCCCGGGCCUGGCGACGGUCCUCCAACCGAUCGUCUAUCUGCAGGCUCCACUGAAUGAGGGCGUCCAGCAUGGUGGGACGAUCCAUCGUGGCCAACUGAUCCAGUAUCUCGUCCGACAGUCCCUCAAGAUACUGGUCCCAAAGUGCAGCGUCAUUCCAAGACAAGUCCUGCGCCAACAGCCGAAAUUCUGUGGCGUAGGUGGUGGCUGUGGACUUGUCCUGUCUCAACCGACAAAUCGCCCGAUUGGCUUGGCUCUCCUUCAGAGGGUUGCCAAUGCGGCCUCUAAGUGGUUACAAAACCCCACAUAGUCUGUUAGCAAAGGAGAGUUUUGCUGGAGCAGUGGCAAAGCCCACUUGGCCGCCUGGUCCUUUAACAAACUGAUCAAAAAGUGCACCUUGGUGCGGUCGUCAGGGAAGUUCCGGGCUCGCCCCUGAAUAUACAACUUGGCCUGGGCGAGGAACAUGGGAAAGCUGGCCGGGGCCCCAUCAAAUUUCUCUGGCAAGGCCACUGGGUACUUGCCUGGAGCUGGGGCGUCGGCCCCAGGAGCCGGUAGGGCGUCCAACCGCUGCUGAAGAGCCGUAACCACAUUGCUUAGCUGCUGAACGGUGUGGGUCAAGGCCUGGUUCUCCUGGGCCAAUGCCACCAGCGCAGCUGCCUGGUCAGCCAUGGCCUCUGGCUCUUCCCGAACGCACCCCAACGAAGGGGGAGUGCGGGUGUGGCGGGAGCAAACUGUGCUGGUCCAGGGGGGAGGUUACCGUGGGGCGAGGUCCAGGACCUGAGUUGAGGGUCGGCAGACAGUCCUCCACGGGCGAAGCGGGGUCCACAGCGAGGAGCCGGGCAAGGACAGGAACUCUGGGGGAACCGGACUGGGUGCUGGCCGAAACAGCUCUUCAACGACGUUGCUCCCGCAACCUGGGACUGGGCUGACUGGCCUUUAUCCCCUCUGAGGCCAGGGGCGGUCCCGGCCCCCAGGAGACCCGCCUCUCCUGGCCUUAAGGCGAGCACUCCUCCUGGGAGAAACCAGUUCCCUCCGCCUCUCUGCCCUGAGCCUCUGCAGUUCAGGAGAGGCUGGAGGGUUACUGGACCCAGGGGGAGACUCACCUGUAGGCACUGAGUCCUCAACCACCUCCCGAGCCAGAGUGGAUUCACCUGGCGCCUGCUCCUGAGGAUCCGGCACAGGUGCAGGCGCUUCAGAGUCAAGGCCCUGCCCCAGUUCAGCUGGCCCUGGAGGCGGGGACUCCUGUGCAGGCUGGGAUUCCUCCGGUUCAGCCUCUGAAUCAGAUUCCCAGGCCAUCACAGCGCCGCAACCCCAGAGUCGGCCACAACUGGACCUAAUGGUCAGGGGUCCCUUUACCUUUACCUUAAUACUACUACUACUAAUUUUAUAUCCCUCAUUUUCCCGUACCUGAGGUAGUUAUUGCCUGCAAAAAGUAUACGGAAUACGAAAAGCUAACAACACAUAAGAGAUCCUGGUUAAAAAGCAUAGCUGUCAACGCUUCCCUUUUUUAAAGGGAAAUUCCCUUCUUCCGAAUAGGAUUCCUCGCAAGAAAAGGGAAAAUUUGACAGCUAUAUUAAAAAGCAAUUACGCCAUAACAAAAUUAAAACCAUGUGAGAAAACAGAUCUUUAAAAUACAGAUUUAUACCCAACAAAAAGGAGACUGGGUUUUUUGGGGGGGGGGUGGGGAAUACUUUUAAAUUUUUUUUUUAAAUUAAUUAGUGAUUAUUUUCAUUUUCAAUUUGAUUAUGUGUUUUUGUUCAGGGAGUUUUUAACGUGUGAUAUUUUAGUGUAUUUUUGGUUUCUAUGGAAGCCGCCCAGAGUGGCUGGGGAGGCCCAGCCAGAUGGGCGGGGUAUAAAUAAUAAAUUAUUAUUAUUAUUAUUAUUAUUAUUAUUAUUAUUAUUAGUGAUUUUAUGCUGCGAACCGCCCUGAGACCUGCAGAUAUAGGGCAGUAUAAUAAUAAUAAUAAUAAUAAUAAUAAUAAUAAUAAUAAUAAAUUAUAUCCCUCAUUUUCCCAUGCCUGAGGUAGUCGUUACCUACAAAAAGUAUAGGGAAUAUGAAAAGCUAAAAACACAUAAGAGAUCAUGGUUAAAAAGCAAUUAAGCCGUAACAGAAUUAAAACCAUGUGAGAGAACAGAUCUAUUAAACUACAAGUAACAAAAACAGCAUAGCCCAUUUAAAAGCCCUUUGCGUAGAAAACGGUCAGUCCUUGAAGAUUUGGGAGGGGGCUCAAGAAGAAUCAUAUUGAAUGACCCUCAUUUCCCUUUGGUCUGAUCCAGUGAAGACCCAGUUCCAGGAACAGAUCUCUAAACUGCGGACCAGCGUGCGGACCCAGAAUUGCGAAGUGGAGAGCAUUAAAAGCAACAAGACAGGUCAGGAAUUAAUCGGGGAGCAGCGCUCAAGCGUCUGUCUGGAAAAGGGGGGUGCAUAACUGUGGAAAGGUGGCUCUUGCAAUAAUUCCCUGGUCCUGAAUGGGGCAACUGUGCCCCUGAAGGACCAGGUGCGCAGCCUGGGAGUCAUUUUGGACUCACAGCUGUCCAUGGAGGCGCAGGUCAACUCUGUGUCCAGGGCAGCUGUCUGCCAGCUCCAUCUGGUGCACAGGAUGAGACCCUCCCUGCCCGCAGACUGUCUGGCCAGAGUGGUGCAUGCUCUGGUUAUCUCCCGCUUGGACUACUGCAACGCACUCUGCAUGGGGCUACCUUUGAAGGUGACCCGGAAACUACAACUAAUUCAGAAUGCGGCAGCUAGACUGGUGACUGGGAACGGCCACCGGGACCACAUAACACCGGUCUUGAUAGACCUCCAUUGGCUCCCAGUACGUUUCCGAGCACAAUUCAAAGUGUUGGUGCUGACCUUGAAAGCCCUAAACGGCCCCAAAUGCCCAGUAUACCUGAAGGAGCGUCUCCAUCCCCAUCGUUCUGCCCGGACACUGAGGUCCAGCUCCGAGGGCCUUCUGGCGGUUCCCUCAUUGCGAGAAGUGAGGUUACAGGGAACCUGGCACAGGGCCUUCUCGGUGGUGGCGCUUGCCCUGUGGAACGCCCUCCUUUCUGAUGUGAAGGAAAUAAGCAGCUAUCCUAUCUUUAAAAGACACCUGAAGGCAGCCCUGUUCAGGGAAGUUUUUAAUAUUUAACGCUGUAUUGUUUUUAAUACUUGAUUGGGAACCGCCCAGAGUGGCUGGGGAAACUCAGCCAGAUGGGCGGGGUAUAAAUAAUAAAUUAUUAUAAUAUUAUUAUUAUUAUUCUCAGAGUCUCCAAGUCAUCAAGUGUGCAUUUUGGUGUUUUUAUCUUGCAAAUUGUCCUGUGACCCUUGGAUGAUGGGUGGUACGAAAUAAGAAUAAGAAUAAGAAUAAGAAUAAGAAUAAGAAUAAUGGGAAGUGGCUUCUUCAGCGGAUUAGAGCAUAUAUUGGGGAACCCGUCUUUCAAAUACUCCAAAUGACCUCGUUCUCCGUCCGGUUCUGGGCACCCUAUUUUAAAGAGGAGAUGGACAAGCUGAAAGGUGUGCAGAGUAGGGCAACCAAGGUGACGGAGGGUUUGGAAAACAAGCCUGAUGAGGAACGGUUGAGGGAGCUGGGGAUGUUUAGCCUGGAAAAGAGGAGACUGAGAGGAGAUACGAGAACCAUCUUCAAAUAUCUCAAGGUCUGCCCCAUGGAGCAAGCUUGUUUUUUCCUGCUCCGGAGGGCAGGACUCGAACCCGUGGCUUCAAGCGACAAGAAAGGAGAUUUUGACUAAACAUUUCCUUACAUUAAGAGCUGUUUGAAAGUGAAACGGUCUCCCUCUCUUUCCUUGGUGGUCAUUUUAAGCCAUCUGUCAGGAAAGCUUCAGCUGAGAUUCUUACAUUCCAGGGGGGUUGGACUAGAUGAGCUUUGGGGUCCCUUCCAACUACAGUGGUACCUUGGUUCCCAAACCCAGAAAACCCAGAAGUACAUGUUCCGGUUUUCAAACGUUUCUCAGAAGCCGAACGUCCGACGCGGCUGUCGGCUAUUGUUUCCGGGGCGCCUGCACCAAUCAGAAGCUGUGCCUUGGUUUUCGAACAUUUCAGAAGUCAAACAGACUUCGAGAACCAAGGUACUGCUAUAUUUGGAGUUUUUGCUAUUUAUUUUGCCUUUUUGUUUUUGAGGCUUUUUCGGUUAAUUUGUUUUCGUGAACCCAGUUCAGCUUCCGAUCGAUCGAUUGAUUGUGUGACUGUGGAAAUGGAUAAAAGCCCCCCAUCCAAACAAGGACUAUCAUCAGUGCAGCUAAGAAAAGAAUUUUUUUUUUAAAUUUUAUCGUCUACAAUACUGUCCUAUUUAUUUUAUAGUACAGUACAUUGAUUACUGCUUUCAUUUUAGGGAUCGAUUGUUUCGUUAGAUAGUAAAAUUCGUGUUCAAUGGCUGUUUUUUAAGUCUGGAACGGAUUAAUCCAUUUUGCAUUGCUUUCUAUGAGAAAGGGCGCCUUGGUUUUGGAACGCUUUGGUUUUGGAACAGAUUUCCAGAACGGAUUAAGUUUGAGAACCACGAUUCUAUGGUUCUGUGAAGUUUUUACCAGCUAUCCCACAGAGGGAACCACCUCAAAGUGAUGUUUGCCAGCCGACUCUUUUUCGUAAGGCAGCGUGGAUCAUUCCUCUUUCAUUCUUUACCCCCCUCCCCCCAAAAGUGGGAAGCCACUGCUGCCUAAAAGGUUGGCUCCCGUUUAGUCGCAGCUGCUACUGGCUCUCCAAAACGGACAAGUCUUGGGACGAAGCCAAGCUGGACUGCGAAGAUAAAGACGCCCACCUGGUCAUCAUCACCAGCUACCUGGAACAGGUAAGUUGGCCUGAACUCUAGGCGGGAGAAACACCUUUGAAGGUGACUGCAACUAAUCCAGAAUGCGGCAGCCGGACUGGGGACUGGGAGCAGCUGCCGAGACCAUAUAACACCAGUCCUGAAAGACCUACAUUGGCUCCCAGGACGUUUCCAAGCACAAUUCAAAGUGUUGGUGCUGACCUUGAAAGCCCUAAACGGCCUCAAAGGCCCAGGAGACCUGAAGAAGCGUCUCCACCCCCAUCGUUCUGGCUGAACACUGAGGUCCAGCUCUGAGGGCCUUUUGGUGGUUCCCUCAUUGUGAGAAAUGAGGUUACAGGGAACCAGGCAUAGGGCCUUCUCGGUGGUGGCGCCCGGCCUGUGGAACUCCCUCCCACCAGAUGUCAAAGCGAAAAACAACUACAAAACUUUUAGAAGACAUCUGAAGGCAGCCCUGUUUAGGGAAGCUUUUAAUGUUGCAAGUUUUGUUGUGUUUUCUGUUGGGAGCCGCCCAGAGUGCCUGGGGAAACCCAGCCAGAUUGGCGGGGGAGUAUAAAUAAGAAAUCAUUAUUAUUAUUACUGGGACUUACAGCAAACCAUGGAAAAUGCAACGGACGUUUGUUCCGAUCCAACACGAAAUCACACCGGUUUUUCCUGGGAAGCGCGAAAGGAACUAUGGACGAGCCCUAAGAAAUGCAAUUAAUAACACCAACUAAAACCGCAAUCUGCCCCCGGUGACACCCCUUUUUUUCUUCCCUUUCUCUCUCGCCAGCAAUUUGUGGCCCAGCUCACAAAGCCCCGGAACGCCUGGAUCGGCUUGACCAUGGCUAGCGGCGUCUGGAAGUGGGUGGACGGGACGGGCUACACCAUCCGCAGAAUGUGAGUUUGACCCCCUGCCGUCCUGGUGUCCACUCGCAUUGCCCUUUUGUGAGGUUCCAUGUGCUGGGUAUAUCAUUCAAGAGGAUAUUCUGCUCUGUAAAUGCGAGGUUGUUCCAUACAGUCCUGUUGAUGGUUACAGUUACCUUCAACCAAAAUCUUUCAAUAUAGGGCAAUGAAAAAACAUAUGUUUUAGAGAAGCAUUUUCCCUAUUGCUUCUCCGGCAGUUCGAUACCUUAGAUAGCCAUUUUUUAAAACAAAUGUAAUGGGGUCCAGGGGACGUGGGUGGUGCUGUGGUCUAAACUACAGAGCCUAGGAUUUGCCGAUCAGAAGGUCAGAGGUUCGAAUCCCGUGACGGGGUGCGCUCCCGUUGCUUGGUCCCAGCUCCUGCCAACCUAGCAGUUCGAAAACACGUCAAAGUGCAAGUAGAUAAAUAGGUACUGCUCUGGCGGGAAGGUAAACUGCAUUUCUGUGCGCUGCUCUGGUUCACCAGAAGCGGCUUAGUCAUGCUGGCCACAUGACCCUGAAGCUGUACGCCGGCUCCCUUGGCCAGUAAAGCGAGAUGAGUGCCGCAACCCGAGUCGGCCACGACUGGACCUAAUGGUCAGGGUCCCUUUACCUUUAAUGGGGUCCAGUAUAUUCCAAAUACUAUUUUCUGUUGUAUGUGGCUCUCUGAGCUGAUAUGAACUCUCGCAGGAGCAUUCAAGGCACAUGGCGGUUUUGCUCGGGCUGCCAUUUUUCUUUCCUUCCUCUUGUUGUAAACAAAAAUUGCCCUUUUCCCUUACGGGUAUCCAAGAGCCCAUAUAGAGUCCUUACAUAGGUUCCCUAUUGGUAGGAGAAGAUAACAGAGGCCAACCAUAGAAUAUUGAGAAGCAAGCAGCAAGUAAGCUAGAUCUUUAUUGAUCUGUUGCAACAGGGUGCUCCCUCACCUGCGGGAGAGAGGAGGAACCCCGAAAAAUGGCAUGCAAGGCCUUAUAAAGACUUUUGAAAUUGCAACCCUGUAGAUCAAGACCACCCCCAGAAACAUCAUACAUACAUCACAGAAAGGGUGUAACCUAAGACCACCCCUCAGAUGUUGUUGUUUAGUCGUGUCCGCUCUUCGUGACCCCCUGGACCAGAGCAUGCCAGGCACUCCUGUCUUCCACUGCCUCCUGCAGUUUGGUCAAACUCAUGCUGGUAGCUUCAAGAACACUGCCCCACCAUCUCGUCCUCCGUCGUCCCCUUCUCCUUGUGCCCUCCAUCUUUCCCAACAUCAGCGUCUUUUCCAGGGAGUCUUCUGUUCUCAUGAGGUGGCCGAAGUAUUGGAGCCUCAGCUUCAGGAUCUGUCCUUCCAGUGAGCACUCAGGGCUGAUUUCCUUCAGAAUGGAGAGGUUGGAUCUUCUUGCAGUCCAUGGGACUCUCAAGAGUCUCCUCCAGCACCAGAAUUCAAAAGCAUCCAUUCUUCGGCGAUCAGCCUUCUUGAUGGUCCAGCUCUCACUUCCAUACAUCACUACUGGGAGAACCACUACUGGGAGAACCCUCAGAUACAUCAUACCUACAUCACAGAAAAGGAGGUCUACAGCAGAAAUCUGAGUGCUUUGUUUACCUCCUGUCUGCCAGGUUACCUGUUAAUGGUCACUUGAUUGGAUUGCCUGGCCAGUCUUUUGUAAGGCUACUUAGUUCCUGAGCUCACACCCUAUUCAUAUCUUAAAUGUGCCCUUAAGACAGGAUUUGUGAGGAAAGAGACAAUGGGGAGGUUUCCCACUUUGACCUUCCAGAGAAAACAUUUGCUCAGUUUGGGAAUCAAAAUGGUUCCAGGUCGGUCUUCCUGUGCUGAUCUAUGUACGUGCUUGGUUGGUACAUUGAUGAACAUUUAAUAUAUAUCUAAGACCUCAAAAUUCCUAUCACGCUCUCGCUCUCGUUGCAGAGACUGGCGGCUCGGGGAACCGGGUAGCUUUUCCGUCGAAAUGCCCUACCACCCGGCCCGUUGUGCCCAUCUCUACCGCGACGGGCUAUGGAGCAACGAGAACUGUAACCGCCGCUACAACUGGGUUUGCGAGAUGAACGGCUGAGUUGCCAGGACAGAGAGCGCCCAGCAUGGAGGCCAAGGAGUUUGCCAGGCCGCUCGGCCUCUUCCAAAGCAAAUAAACAGAAUCAUUACGCAAAGAAAGGGGAC